UCAAUUUCCCAAAAAUAACGACGUCAGCCAACGACACGAGGACGACUGUGCAACAAACGCCGUUACCAUUUAUGGACGUAUAUACAUACAGCAAACUGCCUCCUGCCAUCCACACCUCCCCUCCUGCAGCACGAGAUGUCUCCCGAUCGUAUGACGAUGCCGGGACGCGAUUAUCUCGUGACUUUUGCCUUGCCUCGUUGGGAUUCGGCGGUUUGGACAGCUCAUGGUAUUAUUUACGACGCGCGCUUGUAAGCAUCGCCGCCUUCAUCCCCAUCCCCACCCAGAAAAGCGUGGGAUUUAAAAUUUGCGCGCUGUGCCGGGCUUUCUGUCUCUCUCUCUCUCUCUCUCGCUCUCUAGUCCACCUCCAUCUCUUCUUCCAAAUCGGUCCUUGGUCCCUUUGGCUACAUGAUAAGGUUUUAAUCCACCUUCGACUGCUGCAUCGUCGCAUCCGCGCAUUGAGUGCGCACUGCGUGCCGGUGUUUGUGUGUUGGCGCGACUCACACACUCAUACACACUGGUGGUUUGGGGGGCUGGGAGAUGCCACCAAUUGCAACCAAUUCCCGGUGCGUAUGUAUUCGCAAACUCAUGGCGUGCGCGCGAAACCACUCAUCGUCGCGCGGCCGUGUGUAUGAGACGGGCGACGCAAACCGUGGAACCGGCUCCACUUUUCCCGAGGGGGGGGGGAAGGGACGCACGCCUGGUGCGGUGAUGCGCGGAGGUGCACACGAAAAUAAAGUCUUAUAUAUACGAUCGGCGCGCGAACACAGCCAUGCCAUUACACUGUUUGCCGAGCUAGCAGUAGCACAGCUGUUGCCCCCAAAAGUCAAUAACGCUCUACCCUUAGCGACAGCGUACCUCAGAGCAGUGCCUUUCGGUGUGUGUGCCAGUGUGUGAACCAUUCCGGAGGCUCGGGUGAAUCCUGAGCAUUGGUACAACUCUAGUCAACAGCAGCAAGGAUAUCUAGCAGUAUUAGGAAGAUGUGUUGCCUUCAGCGUAUGAUCGAUACGACCCAGCUGCUACAGAGCAAACCGAACCUUCCGGCCAACGUGGAGUUGCUGGAUGAUGAGAAGCAGACUCCUGGUCACCAAUCAGCGCAUCCAGCAAGUGAACAGAUCCACCAGGAUGUUCUCGGUACGGCAACCCGUGCAACACGUUCCAUCUUGCACGGUCUGCGCGAUCAAACGUACCGCCUUCAACGUAGCCAGCUGUACAAGAUACUGACGAACACGACGCAACCAAGUCACGCAAUAUCGGCGAUCGUGGUGUCCAUGGUGCUGGUCGCCCUCUGGCCCAACCUGAUCAGUGGGCAGGCAGCGGCUGACGCCCAAAAGUGUAUGCCGGAAGCGGGUGACAGUCGUGGCAGUCCGUUGACACAGAUUGCCUACCUUGGCUCCUUCACCAUCCACUUCGGCGCCCAAAUAUGGAUGACAUUCGUAUCCGGACUCGCACUGUACUUCUCGUUACCACGCCACACAUUCGGCCUGAUCCAGGAAGUACUGUUCCCGAAGUACUUUACGCUCGGCACUGGUCUAAGCACCAUCAGUUUGGUCAGUUUUGUUGAGCUCCGUCGUAGUACCCGGCCCGAGUUAGCUGCCCGCAACUUGGCCCACUGGGAUCCGGUCGAUCUGCUGCAGAUAGCGGCGCUGGCCAUUACCGCCUCUCUGGAGCUGUUCGUGCGCCUCUAUCUGGCACCACCGAUGUUGCGCCUGAUGCACGAAAAGCAUCGCAUCGAGGCACAGGCUAGCAUCGGGCAGGAGGUGGGCCAGUUUGAUGGUGCAGGCAACGGUUCGCUGGAACGCUCGCGUCACUACAAGGCGACGCACAAAAAGUUCCGCCAGAUACAUAUGGCUACCGCGAUCCUGAACAUGGUUUCGCUAACGUGUACCUGCGUACAUCUGCUUUACCUCGCAACACGGGUGACCAUAUAGAAAGGAUGGUUGUUCUUUCCCAGCAUUCAACAUUCAACCUAACUAGUGUAUAAGACUAUUUAUUUGACGGUUUUGUAAAAGGGUCGGUGACAGUGUGUUGCAGACAGGGCAGUAAUGCACCAAUCUCACAGCUGGCCACCAUUACUCGCCACUACUAUCCCUCUCCCCCUGCUUUAAUGAUCUCCACUCUGCGAAACUUUUAAAUCUCAGAUAGGAAACCGUUGCGAACGGAGAGGGCCACUAGCUAGGUAGCUUAUCACACACACACACACACACACAGGUAGUUUAUCAUAGGUUGUAGGACAGACUGUAUUACCCGUGCAUCUUCUAAGUUCACAGUGCACACAUACGGGAGUGGCAAGUGACUCGCGAAGAGAAGAAGAGAGAAAUAACAGUAUUGUUUGGCCCCAUUUCAAACCGAAAUCUGUGAUCAGUUCGCGUCAGACUAGCAACAGUGCCAUACGGAGAGAUACAGAACGCUACCGAAAACGGCGAUGUUCCUCGUGACGGGGUGGGGUAAACGAGCGAUAGAAGAAGAGACACAAUCUAGAGCGCUAAUAAAUCAUUGUAACGGUGUCGGCUCACAAAUAAUGCUGAUUGCCAAUAGGAAUCGUUCUAUCGCUCAUUAAAAGCCAACGUACAAAUAGACUGGAGGGAGUUACUACCACCAGUCUGGAUUCCUACGGUGCGUGCGUGUGUGUGUGAGUGUUUAGAAUAAGUAAUUUAAGGUUUUAAGAUUAUUACUAUGGACAUUGCGGAAGUUGAAGACGCGUGUUUAUAAAAUCCUUCGCACGUGGACGUGCUUAAACAGUAAUGGUUCCAAUAUAAUAAAUGGAAACAAAGACAGUCAGCUGACAGUUAGCUGCACAUUUUUAA